AUGGCAUCUUCGGGAAAGAGACAUACCGUGACUGUGGAGAAACGUUUGGAGAUUCUACGGAAGUUAGAAGAGGGUUUCAGUGUCGAUGAUGUUGCAGUUGAGUAUGGUGUGAGUAAAAGAACUAUAAGAAGAUACAAGCAUAAAUCGGCACCUAUCCGACAACUGUGCGAAAAUCCGGCGCGUGCACAGACAAAGAGGCAACGGGCAUCUGUGUAUGAAACUAUGGAAACCCGGUUAUACGAGUGGGUCUUACAGAGGCAAGCUUUAGGAGAUGUCCUAACGAAUGGAUUACUGCAGGACAAGGCGAAGGAACUCCAACAAGAAUUUGGCAGUUCGUCGAGCUUUACGGCCAGUCAAGGGUGGCUCUCGCGCUUUAAAGCUAGAUACGACAUACGCCUAGGAAACGUGAAUGAAGAGAGGGCUGAUGCUAAUGAAUUAGCGGCAGAAAAAUUCAUCGACGAAUUGGCAGAAAUGUUACGUGACGAAGGUUUCGAAGAUGACUGUAUCUACAAUAUGGGCGUGUCGAGUUUAAUGUGGAAAGCUCUUCCGUCGAAAGCAUUAGUUCAUCGGGGCGUGCUACGAGCGAACAGUGGAAAAGUUAAAAAGGACCAUGUGACUGUGGCAUUCUGUGCCAAUUCCACGGGUACACAUAAUUUACCUCUGCUUUUCGUGUAUAAAUACGCCAAUCCGAGAGCAUUGAAACACUGUAAAGAGAAUUUACCAGUUGUGUAUACACACCAAUACAAUAGUUGGAUUAAUGAACAGAUAUUUACUGACUGGUACAUAAACCAUUUUAAAGAAAGUGUAAGGGAGUAUCAGUUGCGUGAUCACCGUGCGAAAAAGGUACUUCUUCUAGUUGACAAUUUUAAAUGGCAUAUAAUUCCCGAAGAGCUUCGGGAAGACGAUCACUUCAAAUUAAUUUUUCUGCCCCCUAACACCGCUUCGAUUAUACAACCGAUGGACCAAGGUGUAAUCGUCAAAUGCAAACAAUUAUUCCGACAUCAGUUACUGAGACAAGUACUCCAAUAUCCUGGCGGCAUCAACGAAUUUUAUUUAGAUUAUGACAUUAAGGAUUCUAUUGAUAUUAUCGCAAAUUCGUGGAGCAAUGUAACACCUGAAGAUAUUCGAAAUUCGUGGAGGAGACUUUUGAGACAUCAGUAUUCAUCUGAACAUCCCGAGGCGAAUCCAGAGAGUUUCAGAGGCACUAGAGAACAGACUUGGAAAACUGAAGAAAAUCUAAAUCAGGAGAAAGUAACUGAGUGGUUUAUGGAAUGCGAAAGCGAAGAGUCCACUGUAUAUGACACUAUAGGACCAGCAGAAGAAACAAUGGUCAUAGAACCCGAAUGUAUUAUAGAGGAGGAAGAAAUAGACGAUAUGUUCCGCAAUCUGGAAAAACCUGGUUGUCCCCCACAUUAUGCACACGUAUCAAGGCAAGUGCUGGACAGACAAUUCCCCAAUCGAUGCAUCGGUCGUGGUGGAGAAUUUCUGUGGCCACAACGUUCAACAGAUCUAACGCCGCUAAACUACUUUCUAUGGGGUACAUUAAAAGAUAUAGUGUAUCGUGAACCAACAACAACACCAGAGAAUAUGAAAGAACGAAUUCGUGAAGCAUGCAGUAUACUUGCUGCGGAAACAAUUCAGAGUGCAGUUUCCUCGUUGAUUGAUAGAUUACAUCAGUGUAUUAAUGUGAAUGGACACCAUUUCGAACACCUACGUUAG